AGCCGUGCGCAUGGCGGCAGUCGUCGCGGCCUCAGCAGCCGACUAGUGUUUGGUAAACACCGCAGGGAGCUUGUUGCUGAGUCUUAGCCCUCAUUUCAGCCUUCAGAUAUCUUAUGACAGGAGAUCUUUCACGCAUCUAGCUAGAGGGGUCAUUGAUCCUAGCGUGGGAAGGUGUGGCAUAACAAUGAACUUUCCUGAGGUCCGGUCAAUGGGAGGCAGUGUAGGUGGUGGUGUGGGCAUCGGUGCAGGUAGUUUGGGACACACUUCUUCCGUGGGGGAAUCUAACUUAACUGUUGCAUCUCCUGCCUCCUCACCACCAGAAACGGCAGCUUAUUUGAGUUUCCAAACUACAUCACCCCUCUCCUCCCCUCAAGCUGGUUACCCACCAGUCUCCCGUCCCAGUAUAGCCAGUAUGUGGGGCAUCGGGGGCUUCACAACACCACCCAUGCCACCCCCGCCUGUUGUGUGUCCUAACACCACUGCAUCAACCCUUGGCAUUCCGCAGAUGCCCAGUGCAACUUACUUCAACUCCCGAGCACCAAUGGGUUUUAAUUUCAGGAUGGCAGGUUCACACUUAAAUGGUUUACCCUUUGUUUACAAGCGCAAGCCUGAGGAGGAACCAGAGGAAGUGAAACCAAUAACCAAGCAACACAUCAGUGAAGAGAGAAUGGCUGCGCAUCUAAAUUCUCUCCAUCUUUCAGAAAGUUACUACAAUCAUCGACUUGGUAAAAAAGGUUGUGCAAGUGACAUGGACAUGAUGCUGGAGGAGGAACCUGAUGACGGUUUGGGAGACGAUGGGAUUCCACGACCCUGGAAAUCCAGAGCCAAAGGUCCCGCGUGUCUUAUCAUUGCUGAUGAAGUGAAGCAAAUUAUUCCUGGAGAAUCACAACUUCCAGCAUCAUUAUUAAAAAAAUUAACUAAGCCCAGCAUGGAAGUAGUGUUGUGGCAACCCCCUGAAAACCUCAUCAGAAACAUAAUUACGCCAAGCUUAAGCACUCUGAUUAAAAAUGCAGAGAAUAAAAGUUCUCCCUCUGAUUCUGUGACUAAUGCCUCCAACUCUACAAGCACAGGAGACACAUCAACCAGCAGCUCGCCAGAUUCUGGUAUCUCGGUUUCAUCCCCUCCACCAUCCUUAUCUUUUCUUGGCCAGAAUUCGACAUCACCUUCAUCAUCAUCAUCCUCUUCCUCCUCCUCCUCAUCAUCACAAUUGUCAUCAUCAUCAGCAGCCUCACUUAGCACAAGCAUCACAGUAGGAUCAUCAGAUGCUAGCGACGAUUUAUUAUCACUUCCAUCUACAUCAUCUGGUUCUCGAGGGGGAUAUCUACCUCCCCUAAGAAGGCCCGCUAGCCCAUUACCUGAUCCCAUGGCAGAUGACGACUUUUCCGAGCGUAUGGAGUUUAACAAUAACAAUAACAAUGCACCAAACUUUAUGUGGCUGGAGGAAAAUAACAAUACUGCACUACUUGAUCUUAAUGCUGUUGAGCCUCACAGAGUUCCACACUUGGAUGACUUGCCUGAUCUACCAGACUCUGAUGACAUGGACCUAUAACGCUAUCAGAAUGGCAUAGUGCUGUGUGCCUAUUAAUGAACACAAUUAGUCACUUGUGGCAGGUACUGUUUCACCAUAUUGCUAAUAUUAAAAUAGAUUUUUCUAUGAAACAAAGUAUGAAACUUUCUGAUAAAAGUUUAAUGUUUGUUAAAGACAUGAAUUGGAUUUAAGAAACCAGAAUACAACAUCGUGUUUACACAUAAUACGAAAAUGUUCUAAAAUAAACUCGAGUAACAUUGAAAUAUACAUGCUGUAUUUGCUUUGUCAUUUUUUCAGAGGCAUCAGUUAGAUUUAUUUGCAGACCGAGCAUUUUAAAUUUAUAUUUUAUAAAAAUGAGACACGAUAUAAUUGUUCCUGUGUAAAUUGUUGAAAAUUCUAGUCGGGAAUUUUUGGUUAAGGGGUAAAGAUGACAUGAAUCUAAAGUCAGUACAGUACUUAUGUUUGAUUCUAUCUGUUGUAUAAUAUCCUUAAUUUUUGGAUUUGUUAGCUUUUCCGCAAUUUAGCACAUGUUCUUUGGGUUUCACAAAUGAGCAAAAUGUGAUUGUACAGCAGUGAACAUUGUCAUUGUUACGAACUGUCGGUGUCAGGACUUGGCCCAGGUAAAUGAUAGGAAACUGUGAAUUGUAUUUCAAAUCUUAAAUCCUUUUAAAGCAUAUUUUAUAUAAAAAAUAUAUGUCAAGUAAAUAGAUUGAUCAUAAAUAUGAACAUCGCACUUCAGCUCAUUUGAGGUAUCAGCUCUAUAAAAGCAAUUCUGAUAUAGAAUUAUAGAUCCCUUCAGUCAUAAGGUAUACCUUGUAUCUCACAUUUGUAGUGAAAAUCACUGUUACACUGAAUGUAGUUCAUAUUUAUCUUUUAUCAUGAAAUGUACAAUAACAGAGUAGAUUCUAUUCUUAGAAACUCAUGUAUUAGUUUAGUGCACUCUUCCAUUGCAGUUUUGAAUUGUUCUGAAAUUGAAAUAGAUCAUGUUUUUACUAAGCCUGAUGUACAUACUAGUAUUAUUUUCUGAUAGGUAUUAUUUUAAGGUAUGAUUUAGAAAUUUUGUCUGGCAUACUUUACUUUCAGUAAAUUUAAAAAGGAAAAAAAAUAAUAAAAAAAAGAAAGAUAUGCAUGAGAAGUAUGUUAUGCUUUUUGAACUCAAUGCGGAUGCCUAUACCUAAUAUGUACUGUUAUGAUUCUGUACAUCUUUAUAAAUGUUAUGAUGUUGGUUUUCAAAGAAUAUCUGUAUGCAAGAUAUACUAUUAUCGUAUUUGCACGAUUAUAAACUGCACCUUUUUUCUUCCUUCCGUCUCCCAUCCCCCUUUCCCCUAAAAAAAUGGCAAAAGAGGGUGGAGAAGGUGUUGCUUAAAAUAGAAUGCAAAGCUUAUUAAAAUUACAGUACAAUCUCUUGUAUUCGCCACCUUCACUUGUCACUUGUAAUGAAACGAUCACCACCACGUCGCCAUAAAGCAGCCACGUUAUCAUCACUAGGUCACAACCAUACCUGGGUCAUACCUGGAGUGGGUUCUGAGAGUUUUAGACUGUUGCUUGGAGUGACACAUACGCCCACAUAUCCACUACAACCUAGUUGGUACAACAGUUCUUGCACGAACAUUUUUUUAAGAGAAACCGCCAUUGAUUCAGAAAUAUUUCUUAUGCUUGCUAGGAAGAUAUUGAAUAGCCACAAUCAUUACCCUAAGUUACCAUAACCAUUACCACAAGUUACCACAACCAUUAUGGGUCAAUCAACCAUAUAGGGCCGGACGGCUGAGUGGGCAGCGCUUCGGAUUCGUAGUCCUGAGGCUCUGGGUUCGAUCCCCUUUGGAGGUGGAAACAAAUGGGCAGAGUUUCUUUCCCCCUGAUGCCCCUGUUCACCUAGCAGUAAAUAGGUACCUGAGAGUUAAACAGCUGCUGCAGGCUGCUUCCUGGAUGUUUGUAACAAAAAGGAGGCCUGGUCGAGGACCAAGCCGCAGGGACGCUAAGCCCCGAAAUUAUCUCAAGAUAACUACAAGUUACCACAAGUCAUUACAAGUUACCACAACUAUUACUACAAGUCUCCACCACAAUUUCCACAAGUCACCACCACAAUUUCCACAAAUCACCACUACCACGUCAACAAAAGUUACCACCAAAGACAUCAUCACUGCAAUGUUGAACUCUGCAAAUCUAUUUACUGUUAUUAAUUUGAACAUAUCCUAAUUGUUUAUUAUUAUUUUUUGUAUAUGUACUGUUCAGCAAAUUUUAUUCAUAUAGUAUUUAUUGAACAAUUGUGAUAAUUACCAGUAUUGAGGUGAAAUAAGCCAAGUUACAGUCUAGGCAAUUGUUACAAUAUUUUUUUUUAAUUAUAAACAAAAAAUUUAAUAUUAUGUAAUUGCAACAAGGGAGCAUAAGGAAGGCUUGAUAAUUCUUUAUAUAUUUUUAAAUAACAUGUUAUCAAACCACUAUAAAUGAUACACAAUAGCAUAAUAAUUUCUUUAUACGACAACAUUAGAGAACACAUUUACAAAUCCCCAAGACAUAUCGUGAGAGAAAGAGAUAACAUAGACACCACUCGGGGCAUAUACUAUACACAUUUCUUGUGUUAAGAGCCAUUCUUAAUGUGAAUGUAAUUUUUAUUUUGUUUUAAAAUGACGACACGUCAUUAGACUGCAUCUUAGAAUUUACGUUUAAGGUUUUUAGUAUGAAAUGUGUGCAAAACUUACCCUGCGGCUCAGAAAUGGGGCAGUUUAUAAUCAUGUAAAUAUGGUAUAUUAGAGUUAAAAUAACUGAAAUCAUUAUAAGGUGAUUUAUAUGUUCAAAAUGUUAUGUUAUGUUGUUCAAAAAUGUUAAAUUGUGCUACUUUCUGAAGCCCAAUAUGAUUAUAAAGAGCUGUUAACCCUUUGGCUGCAAUAUACAGUAGUGCAGUAUUAGCUUGACAAUAAAUAGGUGUUCACAGCUUAAGCAAGUUUUCCCAACUGUUUUCCCAAGAAAAUACUUUUUAUAUUAUGUAAUGUUCGUCCAGACAUUUGACCCUCAAAACGAUAUUUUGGUCCCUGUAUCAGCCACUUAGCAAUGAAAGAAGGAAGGGUGUGUGUGGGCUUGGUAGUUGCAUCAAGUUGUAAGUGUGUAGACUGGCAUGUUUGUAGACUGACAGGUGCCGGUUAUGAUGCCAUUUGCCAUAGUGAUAUUUUUCUUACAGUAGUCAUUCUUAGACCGUUCUUUAAUUGUGCCUUUUUAUUUUUUAUAUAUAUGCAAUCUAAAAUAUAUUUUAAAAGAUGUUUCUUGGUAUAUGUGGAAAGAGCACCAUUUCUAGGGGGAGCCCCUUGAUGCUACUUGAAGCUAUUACACUGAUUUAGUGCCAUAUUUCUAGGUGCCAUCAGUUGCGGAGCUUUUAUUGACCUACCAAGUACUGUGAGCCAGAACCUGGUCGUCUCAAAGAGGUGCAGGGAGCGGUGACACUAUGAACACCUUCCAUUUAAAGUUAUUAACGUCUGCUGCCACCAGGCAAAGCACCCAGAAAGUCAGCGAUACAAAACAAACUUUUACAUGGUUAGAACGAGACUGCAGCCUCAAAACUGUCCAAAAGAACCCCCCAACAAUGUAAACAAACUAUCAAGGAAACUAGCAUGCACAAGUAUGCACUACCUCCUCUUGGUCAUUUGGGAAGAAAAGAGAGACAGACUGGCCCAGCAGGCCUCCUCACCACCAGUUCUUAUUCUGAUGUGUAUGUUUGCCAUUCUAGUAGGUCUGGCUCUGACCUCCUGUUUGACAUACUGUAUGUAUCCGGCUUGGCUCGGGUGGCCCUAUGUACGUACCUCCUACGUGUCCUAGUUUCCGUCUUGGUUAUGUAUCCGGCUUCUUUGGGUUCAGUUCUUCCUCCCCUUUGGGUGCAUUCCGAGGUUCUGGUAUCAUCUUGGCUGGUAGACUGUCCUUGGGAUUGGCGUGGUUCCACUGGACCAGCACGCUUGAGUGGUGGGAGGGUAUCUCCUAUGUUUUUGCUUUUGAGGCAGGUUGCCAUUUGGGCUCUUAGUUGCCCUGUUGGGCUAUCUGGAGCUCAAUUGUCCUGGAAUCAUUCGUUUACAUUAGCGACAGUUUAGUGUGCUUGGAGGUGCAUAUGUUCAGGGUUCCGUUUCCCCUGGAUGCUCCUUAAGUGCUACCCUUGCAUUGUUAGGGAUGUUUUCCUUGGGAUGUUUGGGACACACUUUCUCAGCUCUUAGCUCGCCUGUGGUGGCCUUUCCGGUAAGCCAGUGAUCUUGGACUGUCUGUCUGUCUGUCCUCAGGUUGGAAGUGUUUUUGCUGGUCUGGCGCACUGUGGUUCGCAAGGCCUCAUCGUUGUGCUGAGGUAGAUCUCCAGCUUAUAGUCUGAUUGGUGCUAUGAUUCUCCCUGGUGGCUCAUUCCCCACAGAUUGAUGCUGGGGGAUUCUGGGCUUGCAUUUUGUCUCUUUUUAGAGGUUUUUCAUCAUUUUGCCCUUUUCUGCUUGGGGCUUUUCCACUUUUAACACCCCAGUGUUGUUCCCUGGUCCUUCCCAUGGCAUCUGGGUCUUUCCAGCAAGUUUCUUCUUUUAAAGCCUCUCCCGUGGGCUCUGCUUUUCUACCUCGGGCAGUGGCCGUAGAUGUUGGCUCUGCCCUGGGUCCCUCGUUUGCUGUUUCCAGGAGUUGGAAUGGCGCCCUUGGGUCCCUCGUUUGCUGUUUCCAGGAGUUGGAAUGGCACCCUUGGGUCCCGUUUGGUCUUUUCUGGGGCUUUGUGCCUUCUGCAAAGGGUCAUGGGUUGCAGGGGGGGGGGGAUUCCUUAACCCCCUCCCUGUAGGUGUUUAAGUUGGGUGCUGCUUCCCUCUAGGCUUGUUUCUGAGUGUCUGGGCUCUUCGGUUUCAACCUUCCAGAAGCUUCAGUCCUCCCAAGUUUCCUGGUGUUGGCUCGGGUGGCCCUAUGUACGUACCUCCUACGUGUCCUAGUUUCCGUCUUGGUUAUGUAUCCGGCUUCUUUGGGUUCAGUUCUUCCUCCCCUUUGGGUGCAUUCCGAGGUUCUGGUAUCAUCUUGGCUGGUAGACUGUCCUUGGGAUUGGCGUGGUUCCACUGGACCAGCACGCUUGAGUGGUGGGAGGGUAUCUCCUAUGUUGUAGAUAUUUCAGGAAGGUUCUUAUGAGUUCAUGCAUGCCUCCUCACUCCUGCCCUUCCUGAUUUUCAGGACGAUUGUAUGUCUUGCUUUCCUUAUGUCCCUCAGGAACUUUUGUCCUUCAAUAGAAUCCUUGGCGAAUUGGAUACCUUUGAUAUUGCUCGCGUUAUAGGCUUUUGCUCAUGUAUUAUCAUCCUUAGUGAUAUUUAGCACAUUUUGAAUAUCCCGCGCCACUGAUGGUGCUAUGUCGUCUCCUCGGCUUGGUGCCUUCUUUUGAUAAUUACUAAUAUAGCCCAAGCAGAAGUACUGCAGCCAAAGGGUUAAGGAACUAAAAAUAUUAAAAAUGUUCAACUCAAAUAAUUUGGGGCAUGAAAUGUUUAAGCCAGGAAGGACAGGUUGUCAUGAUUAUUAAAAGAUAUUUGUACCUCUGUAGCUACAUCAAAUCUCUUCUAGUUAUACACAUAAUCUAGCAUUUGACCUACACUUUUCUGAGUUAUUUUUUCUUAUAUGAUGGAGCUAAUAGUUUAUUAUUUACUGUAUUAUUUCAGAUGCUUUCUGUAAUUUACCUCCAAGUUAAAUGAGUCAUACGCAAGCAACUGUUAAUUUGUUUACAAUAGCUUGAUACAGAAAUAUACAAAAUGCAAGAUUUUUGUGCAUUGUCUGAGUUUUAGUUUAGAGGCUAAAAAGUAUUGUACUGUACUGUAUUUACAUUUUACCACUUAUUUGAUAUUACUGAAAGGUUUAACAAAUAUAUGUUUGUAAUUUAAAAGUGUAAUGAUUAAGAGUCCAUUUUGAUAACAUAUCAAUUUUUAUACAAUAUUUACUUUCCCCCCGGUAUUACUCAAGAUAUAAAGCAAUCCAGAGAAGAGAAUACCAGUAUCCACGCAUGCUCAGAGGGAAACAAAUUCUGAAAUCUGAAAUUUUUUGCCCAUUGGUUGAAACAACUGUUUCUAGCCUCGCUUGUUUACCCUGCUAGUGCGUGAGCUCUCGUUAUGAAUUGUGAUCUCCAGUAUUGUAUUUUUGUUGAUGCUGGAAUAGAACUAAAUUAGAUAUUUUAUAUAAGUACUGUAUUCCUGUAAAAGUCAAAUCCCCUUCCCCUCCCACCAUGUAGCAUUAAUAAUAUUGUGUCCUUUUGAAGUCAGUGGGGUACAUAAUAAGUAUUUUUAAUGCUGCAGUAGGAAUGCAUCUCUGGAAGAUUAUCUAUAUAACCAGUCACUUUCACACACACUUUGUGUUUCCUUCUUUCCUCCAUUUACCGCACUUCACAUCUUCAUCUGCUCUUACAUCAACUACAGAGAGAGAGGCUUUAUUGCAUUUGCAUUACUACCAAAGUAAAUAGAUGCUGCCUUAGUAUCUGUGGAAUUUACUUUGAAGGUUAUGAUUGGUAAUGUUGCCUUUUUGCAGGUUGUCAUAAAGGUUAUGAUGGUUUCUAUUAUAUUUCUUCUAACACUGUACUGCUAAAUUUGAUAUUCAAUGCAUUAAUGACUUGAUUCUUUCA